AAUGUCAUUGAAAUAAUGAUUAGGUCAAAUAGGCGUAGUUUUUUAUUACUAUUUUCUAUCAAUUUGGCAAAUAAAAAACAGAAUUAUUAAGAAGAACUAAAAUAGUGUUCAGAUUGGGAUACCUGUGCUUUGUUGUUACCAACGAAAAAGUAAAAGUUGUAUAAAAAAAAUGUUAGAGUUCGAAUGAAUGUCGCGUACAAACAAGGAAAUACGUAGAAAAAUGUUCAACAGUGUAACUUUUAUAGUUUCUAGAACUUGAUUACUUAUUUUAGCCCCGGAGAAGCACAACUACUGAGCGGUUUUGAAGAGAUCGCCGUUUAAAAUGAUGAAACUUUGACAAUAGUUUUUCUAUGCCUCGUUGUUUGAAUCUUUUGCCCGAUGUUUGGUCCGGGAAAGAGAAAGCUGUCAGCUGUCUGCGAAGAAUCGGAGACUUUACAAUGCAAACGACAAUUCGAUAUCAAGAAUGGAAGCAAUUUUAUGACCUUUGAGGAAAGCGGCGGAAAUUCCUUAAAAGACGAAUACCAAGACAUGGAAUUACGAGAUUCACUGCUGGACGGUGCUUUACACGAUUCCGAUGGCUCAACUAAUGACGUUGUAAUCGACGAACCAAUCCUUUGUGCUGAGAAACCGACUGAAGAUAGAAUAGUUAUCAAAAUGAACGGCAAACUGCCAAAUCUAUCCCUACCUGAUGGCUGGCUGGCCUUAAACCAUCGCAGCGGUGGUAUCAUCUAUCUACACCGUCCCACCAGAGUAUGUACAUGGUCUCGCCCAUAUCACAUUGGAUCUGGCAGCGUCAGGAAACAUGAUAUCCCUGCUGCAGCAAUUCCGUGCUUUCAUCAGAUGAGAUCUCUUGCUUGUCAAUCCCCUGAGGACUCUGGACUUCCCCCAGAUAAGGACAAUGUGCUAACAACUCUAAAUACAACAUGGAAUGAAAACAAUGGCUCAACUGAUGAUAAAGUGGAGGAUUUUUCAUGUGUUAGCCCUACUGAGACAAAAUCUCCUGAGAGAGAAGAGUUAUGUGCACUAGAAGAAGCAUCUCCAUGCCCUGACAGAACAAAGGUUUCAUCAGCUGUGGAUAAUUCAUCUUAUGAAAUGAAAAUCAAAGAUACAUGUGCCCUCAACAAGCAAUCACAAUUUAAAUACAAUGUUUUCAGCAAGUCUGGUAUAGAACUCAUUGAUGGAGACACUCUGCAUUCAUAUCUCUCAAAUAUUUUUGAGUUUCAAAAUGUUACACAUGAACAAGAACAGAACCUUUGCUGCUCCUCAUCUCAAAUGAAUAUCAGUGAAACGGAAGUUCCUGCUAUACUUGAAUCUUUGCCGUACUCAUUCAAAGGGGUGGAUGUCAACAAUAAGCAACCCAAAGAAUGGGUUAUCAAUCCUGGCGGCAAAACACCUGUUGCCAUUUUACAUGAGUAUGCCCAAAGAGAACUGAAGGUUAAGCCAGAGUAUUCGCACACAGAGGGAAAUAAUGCUGCCACACCUUUUGUGGCUGAGGUCCGCAUUUCUGGUAUGGUAUAUGGGAAGGGAGAGGGGGCAAGCAAGAGAUUAGCCAAGCAACAUGCUGCAGAAACUGCUCUGGAGGUUUUGAUUCCUGAGGUUUUCAACAAGAUUUCUAACCAUGAGAUAACCUCCGAGGAGCACCAGAUAUUUGACAAGCUCAAGAUUGAUGAUUCCAAGGUGUUUGAGGUUACAACAAAAUCAGGAUCCUUGAGUCCAUAUCACAUUCUACAGGAAUGUUUGAAAAGAAAUCAAGGCGUAUACCAGUCUACUAUUGACUUUAAGAUGAAACCAGAACCGGACCAACGGCAACACACCUAUGAGAUCACGUGCGCAGGUCACACGGCCACGGGAUUCUGUAAAAACAAGAAAAUCGGGAGGCAGCUCGCCGCUCAAGCCAUACUAAAGAAAUUGCAUCCACACAUCAAGACGUGGGGUGCUCUGCUGCGGAUAUAUUCUGAACGACCCUCAUCUGUAGUAAAAAAGAGCCCACCCGAGGAUCAGCUGCUAACAAGACCGCACGCCCUGUCUGCGGGCGCACCUCGUGGUCAGCUGCUGCUUGAACGCCUCAAAGAGGAAAUGCGCAAGCUGCCUCCACACCAAGACGAGGUUCCAGUUGCGAUGAACAGAAAAUAAGGUUUCAAUUCCUGCAAAGAUUUAUUGCUAGAUUCCAUAUCCAGAGGGAUCGAAAGAAACAUCUCAAAUCUUUCAGAUUCGUACAUUUGGGGGGGGGGAUAGGGCAUCCCCCAGCCACCUUCUGUAACCUCUUGUUUUAGUGAGUCGCGCAAUGGUAUUUAUUUUAUUUUAUUUUUGAAUUAUUACUUCUUAGAUAACAAGUUUGUUCAUAAUCGUGUUUUAACAAUUCUCCAUUUUAUAUAUCUCUCCGAUUUUUAUACUCUGCACAGCAGUAUCAAGGUUUUUUUCUUUGCAUGUAUCCACUCGCAUGAUCCGGGACACGCCCUUGUUUCUCAAUAUAUAUAUUCGUGAAUUUUGAAUUAGAUUUUUAAGCUUAGAAUUUAAAAGCAUAAUCAUAUUUUAAAGAAUAGUAUUAACUGAAUCUUUGUAUUGUAAAAUAUAUAUAUAUAUAAUAUUUAUAAGCUCUCUGAGGGUCGGGGAUCAAAUUCAGGCAAUUUAAUUGCUUUUUACGAUCCAUUCAUCUUAUAUAUUCAUGAAUUAUUCUUGAACCCUAUGGUCAAAUUCUUUUUUAUAGUUGAAUAGACUUAUAUGCUAUUAGUUGGCGAAAAAGCCAUUUAUCGAAUUCCACUUUUCAACCAUUGAAUUCCACGAAAAAUCUACUCUGACCAAGAAGAGCGCACAUAAAUUUGACUAUAGGAUUCCAAGCAUAGAAAACAUCUAAAGCUUGUGUUUUAAACCAUACCUUUUCACUGUUUGAAUGAAUUAGAAUCACCUUGAUUAAGAUACCCACCCACAUGUACUUUUCGGGUGCUAAGUGUCCAUUCUCGGAAACCCGGGGAUGGCCUAUUUAAGGCCUUUUUACGGACGACCCCUAUUUUCGGGCACAUUGAAAUCAAAACAGCCAAAUAUGAAUUAUUCUUGAAUCCUAUAGUCAAAUUCUUUUUUUUUUAUUGUUGAAUAGACUAAUAUGCUAUUAGUUGGCGAAAAAGCCAUUUAUUGAAUUCCAACCAUUGAAUUCCACAAAAAGUCUACUCUGUCCAAGAAGAGCACACAUAAAUUUGACUAUAGGAGUCCAAGCAUAGAAAAUAUCUGAAGCUUGUGUUUUAAACCACCUCUUCACUGUUUGAAUAAAUUAGAAUUAUUAUUUUGAUUAAGAUACCCAAAUGUAUUUUCGGGUGCUAAGUGUCCAUUCUCGGAAACCCGGGGAUACUUUCCCGGGCCUGUACCCGGUAGGGGGGUGCUUUUGCAUCCCAUCACAGCGGCCGAAAGUUACUCUGGCAUAUCAUCAAUCCAUAAGUCGGACUGUUUUGUAGACAAAUCCGAAAUAAACGUCCCAUGGAGAUACUGAAAAGGCAAAAAACCCUUUUUGUUCUUUUGGGAGUGGUAAGAUUUUUAUCAGAAAACUCAGUCCCCCACCACCACCACCGCCGCCACCACCCAGAAAAAUUGGGGUCCACUUUUUCGGAUUUCAUCUCCCCCCCCCCCCCCCCCCAAGAAAAAUCCUGAGUACGGGCAUGUUUCCUCUAACGUUCUAACGAUUCACUUGCGAGAAUGAGACGCCAGAGGAAAAUAUUACCCCUGGGUUUCCGAGGAUGCUAAGUGCCCUUAAUUGUGUAAUCUGUUAAAAGGCCAUGUACCGUAAUUUGAAUGUGUAAAAUAAAGUCUUUCAGUACGUAAAAA